ACAACUUCUACAAAAAACAAAACAAAUAUCUGGAAUGAACUGUAAGUAUAAGACACUUCCACUUUCAGUUUCCUGCGAUAUUUUAUGUAUGAAUGAUAAUGAAUACUAGCAUGACAAAAAAAUACAACGAAUAUGUAUUUUUUUUCUAAAUAUGUAAGAAAUUAGAUACUUAGCAAAUGUGCAUUAUCAAAACAAUGCGAAAAAUGAUAAGGACAACACUUUCAUUCCGGGACGCAGUGAAAACUGGUGAUAUUUUGUAUUGAUUUCCUUGUGGAGUUGCUUUGUAGUUUGUCAAAAUAUAUAGGAUAUAUUUGGAUUCUGUUAAAACUUUGCGAAUGCAAUUUCUUUACCAUUUUCUAAAAUUAUAUAUAAACAAUUACCUGAGAAUUCCUAUUACUAUGGGAGAAAACAAUAAAUGCCGUUACAACUUUUUCUUCAAAGGAACAACUUGUGUAGAAUGUCCUCCUGGUUACUAUGGUAAUAACUGUAGUGUACCAUGUAGCCGGGGUUUCUACGGGAGUCUGUGCUCACAAACAUGCGAGUUGUGCCCCUGGGAACUGUGCGACAGAGUUACGGGAUGCCCAAAUACUACCUCAACCAAUACUAAGUCCACAGUUUUACUCACUUCCAGUAUUGACACAAUAACCGUCAGAAGUACAUUGAAGGUCACCACAGAGAUAAAACUAGAGGUCACAACAGGGACCACAGCAGUUCCCACAUCUACUGUUCAGAGUUUUCCUUCAACUAAUAUAUUCCUUACUGCAUCUAUAAAAACUCCAAAGUCUACAACACCGUUUGUUAUUCCACAGUUAGAGACGCCAUAUAACUACACUCCUGUGAUUGCAGUUACGGGAGGGGUCAUUGCCUUAUUCCUGGCUAUACUAGUGAUUCAGAGUUCAUUGAAGAUGCGGCUAAAGAAACAAAAGAUUACUAGAGCUGCAUCAAGAUUACCAAAGAUACCAGUAGAAGAACAAGAAAUAUAUCAUGAAAUUGACGACAUGAAUAUGGUAAUAGAUAAGCGUAAGCGGGAUUAUCAAGGCAUAGAAAAAAAUAAAAAGUAUUGUCAUGUGUCACACUUAUAUACAGCAAAAACUCAUUCAUAUCAAGAAAUUAAAAAUUCUUCGCAAGACGUAGAAAAGCCUGUGAUAGAAACAGUACAAGAAAAUAAUCAAUCCUCUACAGAAGGAAGCAACAGUUCAGAGGAGAGUGGGUCCUCAUACCUUAAGCCCCAGAAAACAACGAAUAAACACAGUUACAUACAAGUAGUGGACCCGGAUAUACAUAAUGUUCCCGUGUCAAGUGUCCAUACAGACGAGGAGCAGGAGAACGAUUCCUCUUCUCAAUAUGAUGACACUGUUAACCAUUCUAGUGCUUUAAUUCUGUCCAUUUCUGAGGGAGACUACCUUGACGUAGAACACGGUUCGGAUAACAAUGCAACAUAUCUUGAAGUUGUUCAUCAAGAGAAAUAAAGAUACAUUAUAAUCAUAUUCUUACGUAGAAAAGUAUCAUAGUUUACAGUACGACAUUUAAAAUGAUAAAUUUUUUGUGAAUAAAAUGAAUGAAAUAAGUAUUAAAAACUUCUUUAAACCCAUUUAUAUUAGGUCUGUGUCUU